AUGUUAAAACAAAAUAUAAUUAAGCCGUCAAUAUCUCCGUGGAGCGCCCCAGUGUGGGUCGUGCCUAAAAAAAUGGAUGCAUCUGGCAAAAAGAAGUGGCGCAUUGUCAUAGAUUAUAGGCGACUUAAUGAUGUGACCAUAAAUGAAGGUUAUCCUAUCCCAUUAAUUAGCGAUAUAUUAGAUCAAUUAGGACAUUCUAAAUAUUUUUCGACACUUGAUUUAGUUUCCGGCUUCCAUCAAAUUCCUCUCAAUCCUAACGAUGCCGAAAAGACUGGUUUUACAGUAAUCAACACAAAUGGCAUUUCCGGUCAUUUUCAAUUUAAUCGCAUGCCCUUCGGAUUAAAAGGUGCUUCUAGUACGUUUCAACGUCUCAUGAACACCGUCCUUUCUGGUCUCCAAGGUCUCCACUGUUUCGUCUACUUAGAUGACUAUAUUAUUUACAGCCACGAUCUUCAAAGUCAUAUGGAAAAAUUACGUCUUGUUUUUGAUAGGUUUCGAGAUUUCAAUUUGAAACUACAACCAGAUAAAUGCGAGUUACUUCGACGCGAAGUCACUUAUUUAGGUCAUGUAAUUACUGACAAAGGUGUCUCACCUAACCCUGACAAGGUAAAAUCGGUAUACAAUUAUCCUAUUCCCAAAAAUCCCAAGGAAAUUAAAUCAUUUCUAGGUCUAGUAGGUUACUACCGUCGAUUUAUAGAUAACUUUUCAAAAAUAACAAAACCCCUUACGUCAUUACUAAAAAAGGAUGUUAAUUUUAAUUGGACACAAGAACAAUCCCAAGCUUUCAAUUUGUUAAAGGAAAAAUUAACUUCAGCUCCGUUACUUCAAUAUCCCGAUUUUUCGCAACCGUUUAUUGUCACCACAGACGCCAGUAAUUAUGCUGUUGGCGCAGUAUUAUCGCAAGGUCCUAUCGGAAAAGACAAACCGAUCGCGUAUGCCUCAAGAACAUUAAAUAAACAAGAAGGCAACUAUUCGACAACGGAAAAAGAACUUUUAGCUAUCCUCUUCGCUGUAAAAACAUUUCGUCCCUAUAUUUAUGCGUUUCUUCAUCUUCACCCAAAUUUAAAAUUUUCUGCAACAAUGUCGAAGAUUGGUAUUAAUGGAUUUGGCCGUAUUGGGCGCCUGGUACUUCGUGCAUCUAUUGAAAAGGGAGCCCAGGUUGUUGCUGUCAAUGACCCUUUCAUCGGUUUGGAUUAUAUGGUCUAUCUUUUCAAGUAUGACUCAACACAUGGCCGCUUUAAGGGAACUGUUACUGCCGAAGAUGGUAAUCUUGUAGUAAACGGAAAUAAAAUUGCUGUCUUUUCUGAGAGGGACCCUAAAGCAAUUCCAUGGUCAAAGGCAGGUGCUGAAUAUGUUGUGGAAUCAACUGGUGUUUUCACUACAACAGAGAAAGCAUCUGCUCAUUUAGAAGGUGGUGCAAAGAAGGUCAUCAUUUCUGCUCCCAGUGCUGAUGCCCCAAUGUUUGUAGUUGGUGUCAACCUGGAAGCUUAUGACCCAUCUUACAAGGUUAUCUCUAAUGCCUCCUGCACCACUAACUGCUUAGCUCCCCUUGCUAAGGUUAUCCACGAUAACUUCGAAAUCGUUGAAGGUUUAAUGACAACUGUUCAUGCCACCACUGCCACCCAAAAGACUGUCGAUGGUCCUUCUGGCAAACUCUGGCGUGAUGGCCGCGGUGCCCAACAAAACAUCAUUCCUGCUUCUACUGGUGCUGCUAAAGCUGUCGGCAAAGUGAUUCCUGCCCUGAAUGGUAAACUUACUGGCAUGGCUUUCCGUGUUCCAGUAGCCAAUGUAUCCGUCGUCGAUCUUACUGUACGCCUUGGCAAAGCUGCAAAUUAUGAAGCUAUUAAACAAAAGGUGAAAGAAGCAGCUGAAGGGCCACUUAAAGGUAUUCUUGGUUAUACUGAAGAUCAAGUUGUAUCUUCUGACUUUAUUGGUGACUCACACUCAUCUAUUUUUGACGCCGCUGCGGGUAUAUCCCUAAAUGACAACUUUGUAAAACUCAUCAGCUGGUAUGACAAUGAAUAUGGAUACUCUAGCCGAGUUAUUGAUCUCAUCAAAUACAUCCAGAGCAAGGAUUAG